CUUCUCAGGUCUCUGACUGGCAGUCACGUCUGACACGGAGUAGAAGUCACGCAACGAAGUAUUCAUUGCAGUACCGGAAGCUCGAUUUUCACAAGACCACUGGCACUGUGCGUAAAUUCAUCGAUUCGAAACUAAUUGUAAAAUAACAAAAAAAAAAACAACAUGAUCACCAGGAAAUAACGAUCGGAGUAUCGAAAAUAGUAAAAUAUAAAGGGAGAGUCGAGAGCACGGUGUCCUUCGGAUAAGUAAAUUAUUUGGCGGACAUGACGGCGACGAUGUGCAAGACAACGAGGUCCUUCCGCAUCGACGAUAUCCUGUACCCUGAGCGAGGUUCUUCGCUGCGUAGGGAGGACGCGCCGACUUUGAGAAGGGUCGAAAGAUCCAUGAGCAGUUUGUCGAACAGUCCGAGAACUCCCAGCGCCCCGGCAACGCCACCCCAAAUACCGGCGAUACCGGUGGUUCCUCGUCAUCAUCAGGGACAUUGGCCAGCCAGGCCGACGCCGGUUUACACGCCCCACCUGGACGACCAAAUACUUCUACCCUACGAUCUUCAACCUUACAGAGUUCCAACCACUAGAUUUUGGUCCCCGUUGUAUUCGCCUUAUCAGCUUCCCCUGCAGCACAAUAUUUUGGCAAGACUACAAGCUGCUCACCACAGUAAGCGCAAGGGUGGUCAAGUCCGAUUCACACCCCAGCAAACUGCUGGCCUCGAAAGGAGGUUCGGUGCUCACAAAUAUCUGAGUCCCGAGGACCGAAGACAACUGGCCGCCCAGUUGAAGCUCACCGAUCGUCAGGUGAAAACAUGGUUCCAAAAUCGUCGCGCUAAGUGGCGCAGAGCAAAUCCCACGGUGUCGAACAGCGAGGGAGCGGAGUGUUCGAGAAAUUCGGAGCACGGCAAAAAUUGCAGCGACCUUAACGACGAACAGGAUGAUCCUUACGACAGUGACUGUGAAAGUACAAUUUUCGUUACCGAUUAAGCGAAGCAGAUUCAAACGUUUAUCUAGCUGACGCCAUAAGCAAGACAGAAGAAAAAUCGCACCGCUCCAACCCUGCGUCUGAACGUUAAUGUGAAACGAGGAAUUUCAAGAUGAGCUUUACGGGGUUUGCACAUUUGAAGAUCGUAGAGACGACUCUGCUCCAAAAUAUGCCGGCACGAUAAAAAUUUUUGCUUGAAAAUUUCACAAAACUGUGCUGAUGAACAAAAAUUCACGAAGAAAAUGGACAACGUACAAUCUCGAUCGCUCUCAACUUCCGUUUCAAUAGCUAACUAUGCGUUGAAUGUUAUUUCAAAUUUUUCUCGUGUCAAUCCCCGUUGCGUUCCACUUACCAUUCAAAUAACAAACUUUGAAUCUGAUUCGACCGAAUAAUUGAAAGCAAACUUUAUCGUACGAAUAUUCAUGAAUAUUACAGUAAGGGACGACGAUGCAAUUUUUUUCUUCUACAAUUUCCUUAUUAUUUUGCAUAACUUUAAAAACCGAGUAUGUUUUAUAUUAAAACUAUGUGAAGGUUGAACGACUCUAGUGUCAUAAAGAUGUAUUGGAAUUACAUCAUGUAUUUAUUUUUUUUAAAUCGUCACGAGAAUAGUGACGUUUAACGUUUUCAUUAUUAUUUCUAUAUAGUAUUCAUUUAUAGCGAUUAAGAAAAAUGUAAAUCAUAAUAUCAUGUACAGUUAUUACUUUCAUGUGUAUAUAGUGUAACGGUAUAUUAUAGUGAACGAAAAAAAUAAAUUAAUUAAUACCGAUCCGUA